AUGGCGAGUGCGCCGCAAUCAACAAAGUCCUCGCCGACUAAAGGUCGACAGAGACCGCCGAUACAGGAUCCAUUGGAGCAGGCAGGGUUUGUUUCGAAAGGAGAUGUCAAGCUGCUCGAUCCAAAGGCACAACAGCUGUACUAUGAGAAAAUCAUGGAGAGAUACAUGAAGUUUUGUAACGACUAUUCAAAUGAUGUUGAUGCAGCCUUUGCUUCGCUCCCUAAAAAUAGAUCCGACGAUUCGACCAGGAAUCCGCCAGUGCCCAAUGCCCCUGUCGCCAUUAGAGAUCCCUCGUCACGUCAUGCUGCACCGGCUGCACCCACACAAAACAAGUUUGUUCGACCCGAGAACCUGACCGAUUCGGCAGCGAAGGACCUUUCGGUAUUGCUACUCUCGCUCCGGAAACUGCGAGAAGGCGUGAUUGCAACCGCGUCCAAGACUCCCGUGGCGUUUGCACAGCAGGUUCACAUAUUCUGCAUUCGAACCGGAAUUCUGGCAGGCCACCCUCCAUCCUAUUAUCCUCCAUUGAAGCGUUUGCUGCAGGUCCUCCACGGACCCUCGAAUCCCCUGAGUGAACCGGAUUUGCACGAGUUUACCUCCUACCUAAUUUUAGACUAUGCCUGCCGGCAAAAUGAGCUUCAUCUUGCAUUUGAUCUCCGUGCAAAGUCCAAGGCCGAUUUCGGAUUUAACAAUACUACCAUCAACAAUGUCCUCUCUGCCUUGAUGCAUGACAACUGGGUCCUUUUUUGGAAAUCUGGAAGGGGUGUGGAUGGGUAUACGAGAUCACUGAUGAGUUGGGCUGAAGGCUUUGUGCGCAGGAGAGCUCUCAAGGCUAUCGCUAGAGCUUAUCUCUCAGUGGACCUGAGCUAUAUUAUUGAAUGUUGCACGGGCUCAGAAGACGGCUGCACAUGGGAGGAAUUGGUUGAACAGGAAGGCAUGGGCUGGAAAUUAGAGGGCAACAAGGUGAUAAUACGGAUAAGGAAACCCGCGGCCAAGGCAAAGUGA